AUGUCAACUCAUUCACAACAAAAACAUCCAGAACGACAACGUUCCCAAGAAGUUAACUUUCAAACAUAUAACUGCAAUAUUCAACAAGAACAACAACCAUUGACACAAAGACCUGUGCAAUCAACUCAAUCAAGUGGUUCAUCAUCUAUGAAUAAUGAAACGAAUGAACGGUAUUUAAGUCAACAAAUUCGUACAAAACAAGUGAAUGUGAAUUUGAUUGAUUGUAUGGAAUGUUACAUACGAAUUCCGCGUUGUACGUUUGAACAACAAGCAGCUGAUUAUAAUGGAAGCCCGAACAAAGAUAUGGUUCAACAAGUACAAGAAUUUCGUCAAGAACAAGAACAAGCUUCACCAAUUACAAAUAAUGAAGGAAGAAAUGAAACUGUUGAAAAAAAACAAGAUGGGAUAAAUGAAGAUUUAAUUCAUUAUUUCAAUGAUGAGGAUGCAAUGAUGAGUCUUCUCAUCGUUGAUUUACCAUGGUCACAACCUUCACAAUACAAUUCCGCAAAUGAUGAGCACCCCGAUCAGAUUGAUUAUUUAAAUAUUGAAGAAAAUUUUUCUGAAUUUCUACAUAGUAUAUUUCGUAAUAUAAGUGUAAACAAUUCACUGUUUGAUGUUAGUAAUCAAAUGGAACAUUAUCAUGCAAUGAUUGAUGAUAACGAUGAAGAUUUAUAUAUAGAUUAUUUGGUUGACGAUUAUAAUGUCGGCGAAAAUGACAUGGAUGCAAAUGAUGAAUAUCAAGUAUAG